AUGUCUUCGGUGAAUUUGAGCAACAACGGCAAAGCUGUGGUAGUCAAGGAGGAGGAGGUCUCUUCGCCGGCGGCGAUCGAGGGUGCACCUCCGACAAUGUUCCUGCUGCCGGUGACCCAGGAGACCCAUGCUCAUCAUCACCAAGCGCCGCUGGAUAGCUCCGGCAGACACGCCAUGCUGAGCAAGGGCCAAGGACAUCUCGGGAGCAGCGUCCAUGAACUGGGCCCAUCGUCGUUGCCGCCCAGCCAGCCGGAGCCUGCUACGGCGGUGGUGGUGUCGAGACCCGUUGGGUUCAGAGCGGUGAUGCAGCACUGCGUCGCCGCGCUGGACGCGGGCGACAUUGUGGCGGUGAACGCCGAUCUGCAGGCCAUGUCGUACCUCGCCCUCGCGUCCGCCAACGGCGAACCCACGCAGCGCGCGGCGUUCGCCUUCGCCGAGGCGCUCGGGCGGCGCGCGCUGCAGACGCUGCCGGGCCUGUCCUGGGGGCUGCAGCACCAGCUCGCCGAGCAGGUCGCACCAGCGCACGCCGACGCCGCCCGCCGCUGCUUCGACGUGCUGUGCCCGUUCCUCCGCAUCGCCGCCUUGGCCGCCAACCAAACCAUCGUUACGGCGAUGGAGGCCGAAAAGCACGUGCACGUCGUCGACCUCGGCGGUGGCGGCGCCGCCAGCCCGGACCAGUGGCUCGACCUUCUCCGCCUGUUCGCCGGGCGUGCUGAGGGCGCGCCCGUCCUGCACCUAAGCGUCGUCAGCGAGCAGGAAGCACUCCUCUCCCGCACCGCCGGGCUGCUCUCCCAGGAGGCCGUGCGCCUGCACGUCCCCUUCAUCUUCAACCCGGUGCGGUCCCGCAUCGGUCAGUUCUCCGCUCCGGAUAUCGCAGCCCUCGGCGUACACUCCGGCGAGGCCUUGGUGAUCACAUCCACCCUGCAGCUCCACCGCCUGAUCGCCGACGAGGUCAGCAUUGCGCUACCAGCUGGCGCUGAAGAUCAUCAUGGCAACCAGCAGGGGAAGAGGAAGAAGGUGGAGCAGCACACAGCUGGACCGCAUCUGAUAACGAGGGCGGACGCGCUCCUCCGCGACCUCUGCGACCUGUCGCCGAAGCUGGUGGUGCUGACGGAGCAGGAGGCCGACCACAACGGCGCCAACCUCGUCUUGAUUUGA